CCCUGCUAGAAGACCCCGUGGCGAACGCGUCGGCAUUGCGCAGAUUCGGUUUGAACCUGAAGCGGAGUGACCUUCCCUCGGAGGAGAGUUGUGCAGAUCAGAGGCAGAAAGAAUUCACACAGAGCACCGAUGGUUACUCUCCAGUCCGCCGCUCCUGCCUCAGAAAUGAACAACAACUUAGUGGGAGAUGAAGUGGGGAAGCUUUUUGUGGGGGGUUUAGACUGGAGUACCACACAGGAGACGCUACGAAACUACUUCUCUCAGUAUGGCGAAGUGGUGGAUUGUGUUAUCAUGAAGGAUAAAAGCACAAAUCAAUCCCGGGGCUUUGGGUUUGUGAAGUUUAAAGACCCCAACUGUGUUCGGACGGUGCUGGAGACUAAACCUCACAACCUUGAUGGAAGAAAUAUUGAUCCCAAGCCUUGUACUCCCCGAGGGAUGCAACCUGAAAAGACCCGCACAAAGGAAGGCUGGAAGACAGGAAAAAGUGAUAGCAAUAAAUCUAAGAAGAUAUUUGUUGGUGGGAUUCCUCACAACUGCGGGGAACCUGAACUCAGGGAUUAUUUUAACAGAUUUGGUGUGGUCACAGAGGUGGUAAUGAUCUAUGACGCGGAAAAACAGAGGCCCCGAGGUUUUGGAUUUAUUACUUUCGAGGCCGAACAAUCAGUGGACCAGGCUGUCAACAUGCAUUUUCACGACAUCAUGGGCAAAAAAGUUGAAGUGAAAAAGGCGGAACCCCGCGACAGCAAAGCGCCAGGCCCUGGGCAGAUCGGCGCCAACCAGUGGGGACCUAGGGGCAUCUUGAGCGCAGCCAACGGCUGGUCAGCUCCACCAGCCCAGGGCUGGCAGCAGAGCUACGGACCUCAGGGGGUUUGGGUGUCCACAGGUCAACCCAUAGGUGGCUAUGGCCCCCCUUUACCAGCAGGCCGAGGAGCCCCAGCACAACCCCCCUCACCAUUCAACGCUUUCCUCGUCACAGCGGCCCCGGCCGGCAGCUUCGCGGCACCUCAGGGAUACCCACAGCAGGGCUACAGCACACCUCCUCAGUUUGGUCAGUCUUGGGGCUACAGUUUCGGAACGCCUCAAGGUGACCAGUUUGUGCCGCAGGGGAUGCCUCCGCCUCCCACCACCCCGGGGACAGCGCCCCUGGGGUUUGCCCCUGCCACCACCCCCACUCAGGACAUGAGCAAAGCCGCCACGGGUCAGCCAGACUUCCCCUACAGCCAAUAUGGCUUGGGUAACUAUCCUCAGGACCCCUCUUCCUACGGACCCACACGUCCCUCACACACUUAUGGUCAGGAUGAGCAGGGAUAUAGUGCAGGUUAUGGCCAGGACCUGACCGGGUUUGGGCACAGUUUCGCAGACCCCACCCAACAGACAGCGUCUUACGCGGCCCCCACGGCACAGCCCUCAGCGGGCCCCCAAACCGCGGCCAGCAGCUUCGCCCGCGGCCAGAACCACAACGUCCAGGGCUUCCAUCCCUACCGACGCUGAGACCACACAUCCAGCUGGCUCAAAAACGUCAGGGAAUCUGAUACACACACGCACACACACAGAACACACAACGUGUGACCUCUGGUCACAAUGGCGAGACAAAGAAACUGGAUUUCUUGGGUGGUUGUUGGUUUUUUUUUCCUUCCUGAACAUUUGAAAACUAAUAUUGAUGAAAGAAGCGAAACACAAAACAAAAAAAGGACAAAAAAAUACAAAAAAAAAUCACAAAUACUUCUUACACAUCCCGGAAGACUAUUGAUUUGCUCUGUUAUGGUCUCAGACAUACACACUAAGAUGUAGGAAGACGGACUACUAAAAAGCUACUCGGAGCAAGAUGUUUUACGUCAUGUUUUGUAUUUGGGCCGAAACUACUUAGCAAUAUGUUUGAACUAUCUGGGCCAACAUCAGCACAGAGAAGACAAACCAGAUACAGGAGUUACAGGGUCUUUAUUCAGCUUUAAAAGGAGUAGGGAAAAAAAUAAAUAUUUUUAUUUUUCAUUUUGUGAAUUUUGUUUACUUUCUGAGCCUUUGAACGUUUUAUUUUUAAGUUUGUUUAAAAAUGGAAAAAUAUGAAAAUAUAUAUUAUACACCUAAACUGUGCAAUUUUUUUAAUGAAUUUUGUACGACUGUGCGCUUUGCUUGUUUUUUUAUUUAAGGAUGUAGACUUCCCUCAGGUGGCUGGCUCUGUGCAUUUUGCACCGGCGCGACAAAAAGGAAAUUUUAUUUGAAAUAAAUUAUUUAAAAUGA